UUUUGGUUCACUGGCGCAAUGAGCCUCGUGCAUGGAUGGACAUAACCCAAUCUGGGUCUCUGAAAUAAAUACCUAUUGAGGCGAUGGUCACAAAAGUAGUCAAAUAUUUGCGUGACACGCUGUCAAAAGAAAUGAAGGCUUUACUGCCUCUGACAUACCCAUCGCUCUCUGAGACAACAACCCGAUGAUUGACUGCUAUGGACACUUUAUAAUCCGACUAAUAGCUAAACAGAUAUACAUGGGAUAUUUGACAUGAAUCUAAUGGUAACGGUUUGACCCCCUUUUGGGUCAAUUCACAGAACAAUUCCUAUUUGUCUCCGACUGAUUUGAUUAAGAUAAAGGGGAGACAUGCAAUUCAGAUUAAAAUAAUAGUAUUUAAGUAACUGUGGAUUUAUAUGCAUUAAUUUGUGCAUGCAUGGAUUUACAAAAUGUUGAAGUUGGAGGAAAAAAGGAAUACGCAACGCUUUAGUGGGGAGGACCCAUGACAAACAUUUGAUAACGGUGCCUAAUAUAAAUAGACAACAUAGAAGCAGCAAAAUAGCGUCGGUGGAAAUGUUAAUGAUAUCACAUCGCAGCUCAGUUCCUUUAAUUAUGUAUUUUAAUGUUUAGGUCUAAUGUAGGCUUAAUGACAUGCACAAAACACGACAGCGUAGCAAAGAGCACAGACGAGCGGACGACCAGUGCACGUUGUUAGUUUUUAAAUAUAUAUGUUUAGCUUUUUUUCCCUAUUGCGCUCAUAGAUAAUCACCAACUUUUACGCAAAAUCAACUAUUAUGCAUAAGUUAACACACUUUUACGCAUAUGUUGACAUGCUUAAUACCCAAUGCUUACUGCCAAUCAUUUCCCCUUUAAAGUAAAUAAUAUGUUGCAUACAUUUUUAGUAUGUUUUCAGACAUACAUUCUUCAACACAUACGUUAUAGUUUUUUUUUUGAGGCCGAGGAAACUUAACAGCCUUCCUCCUAAAAAUGGGAUGUAACAUCAUGGACCUUCACGCAUUGGUUAAAAAAAAUGUCUUACGAGUGGAGAGGAAAAACGUGAUUAACCAUUAACUCCCAUCUUCUAACAUAAUUAUUAAAAACAUUCUAAAUACGUUUUACGAUUUAAGGUAUAGACUAACAGUAGUGUGGUCACUGGGUUGUUGAGUUGAUAGCAGUGAAUAAUCAAUGAGAUUAACUUUUAUGUUUUCGACAGCCGUUUCCUUCACCAGUGGACGGCCCUCUCCCUCUCAGAGUAUCAUUGCCAAGUAUAACUCAUAUUUUAGCAAGUCUUAUUUUGGGCUUAAAUCUCUACGACUCUUGCCUUGUUCUGCGCUGUUCAUCAGGCGCCACCUCCCGUUCCCCUGAUCUGCUCCUGUUCAGGGUCUCAAUCCGACAUGGCUCGUGGGCGAAAUUAGCCCGUAUCAUAACAACAGGUCGGUUCCAUUACUUUUCCCCGGGACAAUGGACGGCGUCGCCCCUAUUCACUAAUACACAGAAACCGAUCCUGCGACGAAGAGGAGGACGCGCAGCUAGCAAGGAGGGUUGUUGCGGUGCAGAGGACGUAUAAAAUAUGUUUCUUUAUCUUACCGUAUCUUUUUUGGCCUUUGAGUGAUGCGUAAAAACUCCCCGAAGCGGAUAAUUGCUUUAGAGAAAGGGACUAGUCUAUGUUUGAAAAUAUUUUCGGUACUUCGAUGCCCACAUUUUCUAACGGAAACCUAAAGGCUACAUUUUAUAAAUUUCAAUGACAUUGUAUUUUCGUAAAUUGUGAAGUUGUAUUUGUCUAUUGAUUAUUAUCUGUAGCCUACAACUUUUUUAGAGGGGCUACUUUGCCUUUGGGCCUACUUUGCCUGUCUAUUUUAGGUGUUGUUUGCUUAUAACAAAACUUGGGUACAUUGCGCUUCCAUAACUCUUAGUCAGUCAGUAGAAGACAUGACAGCUAUACCUUGGGUGUAGGCCUAACGGUUUAACUUUUGAAGUUUAAAGUACAAUAACCUUUGCAAUACAAAUACAUCUUUCUCUUCCAAGUGUUGCCUGAGGCUCGGCGCAGGCGCUCUGGCUGCUUGCUGUCACUAAAACAAUUUUCUUCACAUUGGAAACUGUCACAAGUGACGUCAAUCACGGGGCUCUGACCAAUUAGAAGGCGGGGUGAUUGUUUAGCGCCACGGGCUGCAGCGCCUACCAUGAAUCUCUAUUCUUCACUAUCAAAGCGUCCUGCUGCUGCCGGCCAACCGAAUGCGAUUCCAUGCAGCCACUUUAGAACUUAGAACAGUUUUUUUCCCCUUCUAUAUUUUAGUUUUUUUUAUAUAUUUUAGUUUUUUUUCUUCUAUAUUUUUGUUUUUUUCUGUAUUUUUCACUGCGAUUAAAAUAUAUUUGUCAUCAUCAUUAUUAUUUUGCCUGCUGUCAAGUUAUUCUAGAAUUAGAAGUAAUGAGCAUGGAUGUUUUGGGAAACCAUGUGAUGUACCCUACGAUUUCCAAACGGAACACGGCGCUGAGAUUAGUUGACUUGGCAGGGGCGUACCACCAUCACCAUCAUCACCACCAUACCCCUCAGAGCGUGACAGGCUUCCCGGGGUUCAGCAGCCAUCCACACUCAAUGGCUCACUCGCACCCUGGGGAGAUUACUGCGGAACCCCGCCUGGGGCCGAGUCCAUUCGGGCCAGAACACAUGGGGCACUCCGCGGCCCUCAAAAUCAGCCCAGCCCAUCAUUACCCACACCACCAUCACCACCACAAUCAUCAUAUGGCAGGCCACAGUGAAGUGGUCUCCAGUCAAACGGGAGCUUUUGGCCCGGUGCAGGCGGCGACCGUCCCUUAUUCCAUGUCCCACACGGCCCAGACGUUAUCCGCAGCUGCAGGUACGGAUUUCCUCAUUCGGAGAGAUCUGACAGCUCAAGCCAUGCCGGUACUGACCAACCAGAGCCCCGGUUCAACCUCUCAUCACGGAAUGUUUGUCUCAACAACAGGUAGCUAUCCGGGACACUACGGCCAUCACCCUGAUGCUGGUAGCCAUGCCCUCUUCUCCGGACUCCACCAUGAGCAGUCAUCUAGCGGAGCACCAGGUGGCCAAGCCAUGAAUGGACAAAUAAGGUUAGGAAUACCUAGCGAAAUGUACGUUAGGUCUGAUCACUUGAGUCAAGUGGCGAGCUCCAGGGCUGAUCCUUUCUCCGCCUCGACAUUACAUGGCUACGGCGGUCUGAACCACCUGAACAUGAACCUCGGAGCACAGCAUCACGGAUCCGGUGCAUUCUUCCGCUACAUGAGGCAGCCGAUAAAGCAAGAACUCAUCUGCAAGUGGCACGAAGCGGAACACUCGACGAAAAAACUCUGCUCCGAAACUUACGGCACGAUGCACGAGCUGGUAACGCAUGUGACGGUUGAUCACGUCGGUGGCCCGGAGAUGGCUAACCAUAUCUGCUUCUGGGAAGAAUGUCCCAGAGAAGGAAAACCAUUUAAAGCCAAGUACAAACUUGUAAAUCAUAUCAGAGUACACACCGGAGAGAAACCGUUUCCAUGUCCCUACCCCGGCUGUGGAAAAGUGUUUGCCCGAUCUGAGAACCUGAAGAUCCACAAGAGGACUCACACAGGUGAGAAGCCCUUCAAAUGUGAGUUUGACGGCUGUGACCGACGUUUCGCCAACAGCAGUGACCGGAAGAAGCACUCCCACGUGCACACCAGCGAUAAGCCGUACAACUGCAAAGUGAGAGGCUGUGACAAAUCCUACACACACCCCAGCUCUCUCAGAAAACACAUGAAAGUGCACUGCAAGUCUCCACCACCAAGUUCUGGCUACGAGUCUUCAACUCCGUCAUUAGUGUCCCCAUCAUCGGACUUAGGCCGAGAGCCAGGGGCCUCGUCGCUCUCAGAACCAGCACCCUCGUCUCAACCCGCCAAUUUAAGUGAGUGGUACGUCUGUCAUAGUUCUGGUGCGAGCGGUACUCAGACACCUCCCAGCGGCUCCCCCAGCCCUGAUCCCGGGGAUGAGACGCCCUACAGACACCCAGAGCCAAGGGACGCGUUCUAAACAAAACUCGCCCAGAAAAUUAUUAUAAGAUAUUAAAGAUAUUUUCUAAUAUACCCGCGAACUUACAAAAUUAACACAUAGAAAAGGUCUGUUUUCUAAGGCCCAAAUCAUUCAAUGUACUGUCUGGCAUAUCGGACAAAUAAGACACUG